AUGCCCACCACCGCCGAUGAGCCACUGGGGACCCUCAUCCCGUCACUGCCAAACGAAGUCGCUUUGCAAUGUCUGGCUCGCGUCCCAAGACAGUAUCACCUCGUCCUCGCGGCGGUGUCGAAGCCAAUCAGAUCCCUCCUCGCUUCCCCAGACUUCUUCGCCGUCCGAUCAUCCCUCAACUGCUCCGAACUCCUGUUUUACCUGAGGGUCGUAGAGGCCAAUCGGCCGCUUUGGUUCAUGGUCCACCGAAACGCCGCAACGGGCAAUACCAAAGUUGCUCGGCUCCCAACAGCUCCCCAGGAACCGUUAGUGUGGUCCGACUGCGCCGUCGUGGGCCCCAAUAUCUACGACCUCGGCUGCCGCUUUUCAACCGAGGUGUGGAUUUUCAACUGCGGCAUACACACGUGGGAGCGCGGUCCGAGCUUGCCAAAGAUGCGAAGUAAAGCCGUCAAGCAUGUAGUGUUGGAGGGCAAGAUUUACGCGAUCGGAGGUUGGACAGCAGAGUGCGCAUUGGCCGACGUGUUCGACACGGUGACCGGGCGCUGGGAGGCCCUUCCUAGCCCCAAGCUUCGGGUCUACGGCGAACCGGUUGUUGGAUGCGCCAUUAGGAGUGGGAAGGUUUGCGUCUGGUUGAAGCGAGAAGAGCUCAGGUUCGACCCCGCGACGAGGACAUGGGAGGUGUUUAAGAGCCGCGCCGGAUCGGAAUUGCAUUCGAGUGUAGAGAUUUGCGAGGUGAAUGGGGUUUUGUGUUCCCUUGAUCCUUAUAGUAUCCCGUUCGGCAAAAUUAAACACUUUGAUGAAAGAACUGGUGUUUGGAGACCGCUCAAGCUUGUGGGUGAUAGAGGUUUACUGAAUUUGAAUGAUCACUUGAUGAGACCUUGGAUGUUCAAUGUGCGAGGGAGAUUGGUUCUGAUCGGGACCGAAUAUUUUCGGGGCGGUACGCGGGUAUGGUGCGGGGUAAUUGAAGUAGUAAAGAAUGUCGGGGAUGAGUGUGGGGAUUUUAGGGGAGAAGUUCUGUGGUCGGAGAUUGUUUUUUGGACCAACGAAUGGGUGAUGGAAGGACGAAAGCCGCCUCUUUUCUAUGCUUGUUUACCAGUUUCUUUAUGA